GAGGAAAGAACAAUUUUAACACCCAAUACAACCGUCAAAGCGUUACAAGGCCUGCACCUGAAACGUCCCUCCCCGAAGCCCCGCCCCGGGACUCCGCCCCCGUUCCUAGGUUGCCGCCCAGGCCACAUCCGGAAGUCUGGAGCUCGGAGAAGGGCGGCUCCCUGCGGCCACGCAUAGCGCGCGGGAGGCGGGUCGAAGUGCAGGCCGCUCCAGGAUAGGACGCAGCCUGGCGCGGAAGGGGCGGGCCAGGUCAGGAGGCGGUGCUUCGCGUGAGCGCCCUCGGGCCCGUCUUCCGCGUGCGUUGGUCUGCGCGCGGGAGCGCGCGGCGGGGGCGUGCCGGGGCUGUCUGGGGGCGGGGCGGCGCGCGGCCUAACGGCGGCGGCGGCAGCGGCGGCGGCGGCGCUGGUGCGGGCGAGUUCGGCGGGUGCAGGUCCCGGCCUGCGCCUGCGGAGGGCUCAGGCAGAGGGUCGAAGCGAGCGGCGCUCGCGACAGACUGCGCUCCGCGAUGGUGGGCGUCCCUGGAGCGGCCGCCUUCCAACUAAGCAAUGGCAUCAACCAUUCCCCUCCUACCCUGAAUGGUGCCCCAUCGCCACCACAGAGAUUCAGCAAUGGGCCUGCCUCCUCCACAUCGUCAGCACUAACGAAUCAACAGCUGCCGGCUACUUGUGGUGCUCGGCAGCUCAGCAAGUUGAAACGCUUCCUCACCACUCUGCAGCAGUUUGGCAAUGAUAUCUCACCUGAGAUCGGCGAGAAGGUUCGGACUCUCGUUCUAGCCUUGGUGAACUCAACAGUAACAAUUGAAGAAUUCCAUUGCAAGCUCCAGGAGGCCACAAACUUUCCUCUUCGUCCAUUUGUGAUUCCAUUUCUCAAGGCCAACCUGCCCCUGCUGCAGCGAGAACUGCUGCACUGUGCCCGGGCUGCCAAGCAGACCCCGUCCCAGUACCUGGCCCAGCAUGAGCACCUUCUGCUCAACACCAGUAUCGCAUCUCCUGCUGACUCUUCUGAACUGCUCAUGGAGGUUCAUGGAAAUGGAAAGAGGCCCAGUCCGGAAAGGAGGGACGAGAAUAAUUUUGAAAGAGAUACAGUUCCUCCUGAACCGCCUGCCAAGAGAGUGUGUACUAUCAGCCCUGCUCCUCGGCACAGUCCCGCCCUCACUGUUCCCCUUAUGAAUCCUGGGGGCCAGUUCCAUCCUACUCCACCACCUCUUCAGCACUAUACACUAGAAGACAUUGCAACUUCUCACCUGUAUCGGGAACCAAACAAGAUGCUAGAACACCGAGAAGUUCGUGAGAGGCACCACAAUCUUAGUCUCAAUGGAGGCUAUCAAGAUGAGUUGGUAGACCACCGUUUGACAGAAAGGGAGUGGGCUGAUGAAUGGAAACACCUUGACCAUGCACUGAAUUGCAUUAUGGAAAUGGUAGAGAAAACUAGGCGCUCCAUGGCAGUUCUGAGGCGCUGUCAGGAAUCUGACCGUGAAGAACUCAACUAUUGGAAACGGCGGUUUAAUGAAAAUACAGAGUUGAGGAAAACUGGGACUGAGUUGGUCUCUAGGCAGCACAGCCCUGGGAGUACAGAUUCUCUCAGCAACGAUUCUCAGCGGGAAUUUACCAGUAGACCAGCAACAGGAUAUGUGCCUGUGGAGUUUUGGAAGAAAACAGAAGAAGCCGUGAAUAAGGUGAAAAUUCAGGCCAUGUCAGAGGUACAGAAGGCUGUAGCUGAGGCAGAGCAAAAAGCCUUUGAAGUGAUUGCAACGGAGAGAGCUCGAAUGGAGCAGACCAUAGCGGAUGUCAAACGGCAGGCUGCAGAAGAUGCUUUCCUGGUCAUCAAUGAGCAAGAAGAGUCCACAGAGAACUGCUGGAACUGUGGCCGAAAAGCCAGUGAGACGUGCAGUGGCUGCAACAUUGCUCGCUACUGCGGCUCCUUCUGCCAGCAUAAGGACUGGGAGCGGCACCACCGCCUCUGUGGCCAGAGUCUACAUGGCCACAGUCCCCACAGCCAGAGCAGGCCACUGCUCCCUGGAGGGCGGGGCUCAGCCAGGUCUGCUGACUGCAGUGUGCCCAGCCCAGCCCUGGACAAGACCUCAGCUACCACCUCACGGUCCUCAACACCUGCCUCUGUGACAGCCAUUGAUGCCAACGGGCUCUAAGCUACAGACUCCACCUGUCCUGAUGACCCCUCCACAUGGGAGCAUGCUUGCACCAGUGAGCUGGCUAUUAGAACAAGUAGCUGUUGGGUCGUCAGCAAGAAGUGAAGUUGGCAGGAAGCAUCCAAGAGGCACUCCACAGCUUCUCUGGGAUUUGCCACGUGUCCUUGGAAGAACUAAUGUAUCAUUCUCUGCACACAGGAAGUAGCUUGAGCUGCCUCCUCCAUGGCUUUCCUGAGGUUCCUCUUCCAGCUAAAGCUGGCAUAACCAGCCCCUUCUCAGUGUAUACACCAGCUCCCUCCGACUCCUUGCAUUAGCAUAUUGUCAAUAGUGUCCCACACUGUCCACAGUAGAGGCCUGAAGACUGGUAGCAGGCUUAGGAGGAGGCCCUUCCUUCCCCUGUCUUCAAACAGUUCCUUGAGCCCCAUAUCCACCCUCGAGUGACACUGAUUGGCCUAAAAGAGACUUGGAUAGCACAAAAGCAGUACUCAGGACUCUCUCCUGAGCUGCUCAGAGCUGUUAAGAUGCUCAGAAAUGCAAGAAAGAAGUCACUGUUUCAGUAAAAUCUCUAGUAAUGAUAAAAAAUUAAAUUAGUCUUCCCAAGCAUCAUGGAUCAUUUUGGACAAGAUUUUCUAACUUGGCUGUCUUCGUUAGUUUGGAACCCACCUCUUAACUCCAGUGUUUUUCUUGAUUUUGCUUGUGUAAAAAAUAAUCUCCAUCGCAUGGAUCGGUCUGAGAGAGGAUGGAGCCAUUGUGCUAGUCUUUUCUCUAAGCAUGUUGGCCAAACUAAAAUAUUCCGUGGAUCACCUUGGAAAUGCAGAGCCUCUGCCACUGCUUGACUGUUUAAAACAGUCGCCUUGUUGUAUGUGUCCUUCUCUCUGGGACUGCAUGUCUGGAUCCUUGGGGAUGUCUUGUGAGUAGGUUCUGUUUGGCACCUAAGCAGUGCUCCUAACCCUGAUGGGAUUAUUCGCACCUGGUUUUGACACCACCUCAUAGGUUUAUUAUCAGGUGGACAUUUGAGGCAUCCUUUUUCUGUGCUCCGUGUUUAUAGUCUCCCUCACAGCUCAGAGUUUGUGAAGAAUGGGAACCGUUUUUGAAGAGCCUGACCUGUUUUUUUUUUUUUUUUUUUUUUUUCCCAUCUUCAGGAACUUUUCCAAUUAUCUGAUUCUCCAAAUAGAAUUUGGAGACAUCGAUCUGGUCAUUAUUGGACCUAUUGAUCAGGCCAAGUACUGCUCACAUCUUUUCCUUGCCAUCUAAAGUUUAUUAGUUGUCAGCACCUUGCAUCGGCCACUCAGUAUACUCCAGAAUCGUUUUGCCCUGUGCAGUCAAUUGGGAUAAGUCAUUGCCUUUGAUCCUGUUGGCUUUUGGAAGCUGUGGUCACUUUUUGUACAAUGAACAAGUCUGAAGAACAAGUCUGAAUACUAACACUUGCCCCAUAAAAGUAUGGAUUUAGUGUCUUUGCACACAGUUAAGGCUGAUUUAAAAAUACUGAGUUCCUAUCUCAUUGGAACAAGGGUUCUCAGACUUAGAAAGUAGACCUUUAAAAUCAUGUUAUUUUAGCAUAGAAUACCCAAGACCCACUGUUUGCCAGACAGCUUAGUACAGCCUGGCCUCCCUGGUCCCAUCCCAUCAGUCUAGUGGGGACAACUUUGACUUACUAGAUAGAGUUAGUACCAGACAGCACUUGUCCAUACUCAGACACAAAACUUCGGGCAGAUCAGGAGCUUCUGUGAACAUGAGAAUGUCUCCUGGUGUGCCCUGGUCAGUUACUCAGUAGUAAAAUGGAUGAACACCCUUUAAGUGUUAAAUUUUUUUGCCACAGAACUACUCCAGAUAGUUGGAAUAAAGAGCUAGAACCAAUACAUUACUACUUACCUGGUUGGAGAUCAGUUUGUACAGCAAACUGGGUUACAAAAUCUAGCCUACCUUUGUGGGCUGUGUGAUUGGCCUGUCCGAUUCUGAGUUUCUAUAGUGCUGUUGGGGACUGCUUUGCUUCUGUGUCCUACCCAGGUUUGUCUACACACUCGGACAGUACUUUACACUAUAUAGUUCAGUUCUCAGACUUGUCUCUAUCUUGCCUCUGGUCAGCAUCACUCUCGGGGUUUUGUUUUUGGUUUGGUUUGGUUUGGUUUGGUUUGGUUUGGUUUGGUUUUUCGAGACAGGGUUUCUCCGUGUAGCCCUGGCUGUCCUGGAACUCACUCUGUAGACCGGACUGGCCUUGAACUCAGAAAUCCGCCUGCCUCUGCCUCCCAAGUGCUGAGAUUAAAGGCAUGCACUACCAUGGCCCGGCUUCAGCAUCACUCUUACGUGACAUCUGUUUAGGACUUUUCAGAUUUAAGGAGUUCCUUUCUGCAGUUCUCCAACUCCUCCCUAGGCAGGAGCAGCAGCAGUAGGAGCUGGAGCUACAAGUGAUUCCUGGCUCACCGCUUUGUUUCUAAGUCUGCUUAUAUGAGCCACCAGGCUGGGAGUGAACAUAGAGCUUCAGGCUGCUCACAAGUCUGGCCUCUGCAGUAACUAUUUGAGGAAGAAAAGUAGUCAGGGCUUGGUCAUUCUGUACCAAGUGAGGGAUAAAAUUUCAGGAAGUAAAUAACAAAAGUAGCCAAACUGGGAGUUCUGCACACCAGUCCUCGCUCCAGCAAAUGAAGACUUGUUGAAGCUAGCUUGGGACAUGGCUUAUUUGGUAGCAUGGACUUCAUUCCCAGUGUGGCAUACACCAGCCAUGGUGGCACAUACCUGUAAUCCUCUAACACUUAGGAGGUAGAAGCAGGAGGACCAGAAGUUUAAGGUUAUCCAUAGCUGCAUAGCAAGCCUGAGUUACAGGAGACUUAUCCCACAGAGACUCAUUGAAGGGCCCUGCAGCUUCAGAUUGGCUCAUGCAGGGAGGUGGAGGUGAGGGCGCAGGCUGUGAGUGGCUUUCUCCUAAGGUGCUAAGUUAUGUGCAGCCAUGGGUCUCCAUGGAAUAACCUGUCUGGCCCCCCGAGGUCUAUCCAGGCAUUGGCUGUCAGUCUUCUGUAAUGUAGACUCCUUUACCCAUUUGAUCCCCAGGGAGUGCUUCAAAUCUUGAUGUCAGCUUUACCGUCAUUUCUUGUCACCUUCUCAGAGAGAGUGAAGACAUUUUUUUCUGAGUGGUUCUGGAAACUAUCUCAGCAGGUGUGUGAGGCCUCAACACAACUGCAAGUGUGUGUUAGUGGUUCUCCCUAGAGCAUAAGGAGUGAGCAGAUGGCCUUCGUUCUGAAAACUGCAGACAGGAUUGUGGGUUGAAUAAACCUUUACAAAUAGGACACGUCUUGGAGGCUUACUUCAGAACUGGACUGGAACCAAGGUUUCCAGGCUCCUGGCUCAGGAGACUAAGCCAGUGUACUUUGAUGAAUGUUAGCUAUUUGCAGAGAACUGGGUGGUGGCAUGUUUGAACCAAAUGUGAGAAAAGCCAGAAGGAACUGAACUGGCCAUUGUGGACCAGAUGGCCAGCUGUGGAAGAUCCUUGAUCCAGCAGCUGCUUAGCAGACCCUGGCCACUCAAGUAUAUUCCUUUAAAGCCAAAAUGCUGACUACCUGCUUCUGCCUCAUGUUGACACCCAUUUCCAAAGAUGAUGGAGCCAGUGUGAGCCAGGAGGAAGCUGAGAUGGUGGCUGAUAAUUUACUCUACCAUCUCCUUCCACAGCCCAAGAGGUGGCACUUCCCGCUCAGACACCGUCUUAUCAGGCCUCCAGCUGCCCAGUGUAAACUGUCAAUGCUUAUACCAAAAAGGGCAUGUGCAGCUGGUGUCUGCCAGGGACAGCCCAGUCCCUGCCUUGUGGUUCCCAGGAAGAAGCUGCAACAAUUCAGUGAAUGAUUAAAGGGCUGUUUGAUAAUAAGGCCUUCGUUCCACUCCUGUGGCUUUCCAAGUUCCUAAUGAGGCUACAAAGGCUCCAUCCAUACAGAAAACCAAUAAUGUAAAUAAAAGCCAAUCCUGCAAGCAUGGUUUGCAGAGGCGGGUGAUGAAUGUGAAGCCACCCGCAGGAUGCAUUUGAGUCUGGUUUUUCUGUGCUUUGUCAUUUGACUCAGUAGGAACUUUUGUUACUUAACUCUGUGCAUAACUUAUUUAAUGUACUGUAUAAAUGAACCAAAACUGUUAAAUAUGUAUUUAGUUUGUUCUACUUAAAGUAGUUAAUAAAAAUGCUAUAUUCCUUUUCUGACUCAA